CGAACUCAGCCCGCAUUAACUCGGGUCCAGCGCCGAGCAUUUCACUGUUGUCCGUACGAAGAGCCUCAUCGCCGACGGACGAGCGAGAAAGAGGGAGUGAGAGAGGGGACCAGGGGAGUUCGAUAAUUCAUAGAUCGGGGAAUCACCACCAUUCCGUUUUGCUGCGUUGUCGCUCAGGUUUGAAUCUCAUCCAACUGCACGGAUCUGACCUGCUUCAACGGCGGUUACAUGCUAUUGUGACUUCUCAAGCAUCGUUGAUCCAUAUUUUUUUGGCUGCUUUCUUGUUUGUGCAGCACUUUCAACUUCAACUAAAUCCUACCUGCAUCUGUUAUGGGGACAGAAGAAAUUAAGAAAGAAGUAUAUAACUGGUAUUCUGAAUUAGCAUACGACCAUUGGGUGGCACUACCUGUUUCUGGUCCACAACCAUCAGCGCGGUACAAGCAUGCUGCAGCUGUGGUGGAUGAAAAAUUAUACAUUGUUGGUGGGAGUCGUAAUGGUCGGCACCUGGCUGACAUUCAGGUCUUUGAUCUUAGAAGCAUGGCAUGGUCUACUCUAAAACUGAACAUAAAACUAAAUUCUGAGGAAAGCAUAGAUGGUGUUUUACAGGAAGAUAUUUCAGCUAUCUCAGGUCAUGAUAUGAUUAUUUGGGGAAAUAAGCUAUUACUUGUUGGUGGGCAUUCAAAAGAACCUUCUAAUAAUGUAAAAGUUUGGUUCAUUGAUCUAGAAACACACAACUGCGGUGUUAUGGAGACCUCAGGAAAAAUUCCGAUAGCUCGUGGGGGACAUUCUGUAACUCUAGUUGGGUCUAAACUGAUCAUGUUUGGUGGAGAAGAUAGGAGCAGGCGACUAUUGAAUGAUGUCCAUGUCCUUGAUCUGGAGACAAUGAUUUGGGAUUUGGUGGAGACAACGCAGACACCUCCAGCUCCCAGGUUUGAUCAUACAACUGCAGUGCAUGCAGAACGGUACCUUCUAAUUUUUGGCGGUUGUUCUCAUUCAAUAUUUUUCAACGAUCUUCAUGUACUGGACUUGCAGAUGAUGGAAUGGUCUCAACCACAACUUCAGGGUGAUCUGGUGAGCCCCAGGGCAGGUCAUGCUGGUGUCACUAUUGAUGGAAACUGGUAUAUUGUCGGCGGUGGAGACAAUAAUCAUGGCACCCCAGAAACCAUUGUAUUAAAUAUGUCUAAGCUUGUCUGGUCAGUGUUGACGAGUGUGAAGGAGAGGGAUCCGCUAUCAAGUGAGGGACUCACUGUUUGCUCAGCAUGCAUAGACGGAGAGAAGCAUUUGGUUGCCUUUGGUGGCUACAAUGGGAAAUAUAAUAACGAAGUAUUUGUUAUGAGACCCAAACUGAGAGACUCGUCACGUCCCAGGAUCUUUCAAUCUCCAGCAGCAGCGGCUGCUGCAGCAUCUGUUACUGCUGCAUAUGCUUUAACCAAACAUGCUCAGUUGGAUUUCAUCUCGAAGGAAGAUUCCGCUGCUGCAGCAUCUGUUACUGCUGCAUAUGCUUUAACCAAGCAUGCUCAGUUGGAUUUCAUCUCAAAGGAAGAUUCCAAUGUUAGUGGAAUUGAAAACAACAGUGCUCAAUCUCGACAGGAUUUGUCAGCUGAAAUCUGUUUGGUGAACAAAGAAAACAAGGAAUUGGAAUCAGCAGUUGCUGAAGCCAGGGCAGAAAAUUCCGUGCUCAAGGGAAAGAUUGAUGAGACCAACGUUACAUUUUCUGAGUUGUCGAAGGAACUUCAUUCAGUCCAAGGGCAACUUGUAGCUGAGAGAUCAAGAUGCUCUAAACUGGAGGCACAAAUCGCAGAAGUACAGAAAUUGCUGGAAUCAUUGCCAUCCAUAGAGAAUGAGGUUCAAACACUUCGGAGUCAGAAAUCUGCACUUGAAAAGAAUCUGGAGCUAGCAGCUGUCCAGAGGCAAAGUUCUGGUGGCGUUUGGCGGUGGAUAUCUGGGGGAACAAGUGACCCAUGAAACUGGCAAAGUUAGUUCCUCAAAAUUAAAGUGUUGUGGGCAGCCAUAGCUAUCUUGCUUUUAACGGGGAUGCUACUGUGAGUUCAAGAAGAUGUAGCAGCCGAGGCAAGGGCCUUUGUUAUGUUUGUAGUGUUUGCACUUACUGGGGUGGGGGGGGGGGGGGGGGGGGGGGGGGGGGUGACGUACGUUUUGUAAUUGUUGAAUUUUGACCAUCGAAAAACUUUUUCAAGGAUGUAAAAGAAAAUGAGGUACAAGAAUUAUCUCUGUACAAGUUGAGUUGCCAGGCUUUUUAUUGUGGUACCAUUACAGAC